CAGGAGAAGAUUUUGAAUCAAUUCAAUCAAUACAAGACACGUAUUAAUGGCAUUGAUAUUCACUUCAUUCACGUUAAGCCAUCAAAACCGGCCAAAACUGUUAUCCCACUUAUGGUGAUCCACGGAUGGCCCGGAUCUGUUUGGGAGUAUUACAAGUCUAUACCACUGCUGAUUGAACCGACCAAUGAUGUGGCCUUUGAAGUGAUCUGUCCGUCAAUUCCUGGCUAUGGUUUCUCUGAGGCCCCGCAUCAGCCCGGUUUUGAUAUAACCCAAACGGCCCGCAUAUUUGUCAAACUGAUGGAGCGAUUAAAUCACCGGACAUUCUUCGUCCACGGGGGCGAUUGGGGGGCAGCCGUCUCUCAAUCAAUGGCCAAAAUAUACCCACAAAAUGUCCGCGGAGUACACAUAUCGAUGUCGUCAGCAAUGAAUUUUAAGGGAAUGGGCUUGGUGAAGUUCUUGGUGGGAAUGUACGCCCCGGGACUAGUGUUUGACAAUCCCGACGCCGAUUACGCCAAACACUUUCCCUUUUUGGACAAGUUUUCCUGGUUGUUGCGAGAGUCGGGAUAUAUGCACAUCCAGUCCACUAAACCAGACACAGUGGGCGCCGCACUCGUCGACAGUCCCGUCGGUUUGGCCGCGUAUUUGUUGGAA